AUGUGCACCACUUCAGAUAACUCCAUCUACAAAUCAUUCUGGCAUAUUCUCUAUCUCAUUUUCGAUAUAUCCCUAACCCUAUUCUCAUUGAUUUUUCUGAUUCUAGCAAUUCGGAAAUCUGCGAAUUUUGCGAUUUUCCCGAAACCCACUAAAAUCCUCAUGCUUUUCACGUUGCUUUCCAGCUUCAUUCAUCAAUUUUUCUACGCCAUUAUCAAAAUCAAAUUUUUCCUCAAAAUCUUGGAUGAUUCCUGUGAUGUUUUUGAGAAUACCGCCAAUUGUGGUUUGCUGACUGGCGGCCUACUUGGAGCAGGUUUCGGGGUAGUUUUAUCGCAAAGUAUGGUAUCAAUAGAGCGUAUUUUAUCGCCAUAUAUCAGUGAACCAAAAAUGCUCAAAAUUUCGAUUUGCAUGUGUGUAUUUAGCGUAAGUCUUAUUAACUGAAAAAAAUUCUUUUUUUUCCACGAUAAAAUUCUUUCUAGUCUAUCCUGAUGUGUUUGUUCUUUCCAACGCUCACAAGAUCUGAUGAUUUUCAAGAUUCAGUUUUGAAUUGCGUAUUCCCCCCGCAAAAAAGUUUGAUGAACUUUAUUUAUUAUUUGAAUUUCAUUUUAAUUCUCUCGAUUUUACAACUUGUUGCAAAUUCAAUUAUCCUGAUUUCCAACAAAUAUCAUGGCUUAAAAACCAUCAAUCGCUUUCAAUUAUCAGAGAGAUUCAAGAUCUAUGAGAACAUCAAGACAACUUCAGCGAUUCUAUUAAUUUGUAUCUUCGAAUCAUCUUGCAUUAUUUUGUACACUAUCACUCUAACAAUCUUAUACUACUUGAAACUUCCAGAAAAAUAUCUAUUUCUGGUGAAUAGUAUGAUCUAUAUUCCACCGAUUGCUUGUUUUUGUAUGCCGAUUUUUUUGAUUCGAAUGAUGAGAACUGCAAAGCUGGAAAGAUCACAAGCGAUUCGGAAGAUGACAAAAAAAGUGGAUACACAUGAAGCCUAUGUUAAAAGAUUGCGGGAGAUGUGGAAUUGA